AUGCAUGUACACGAUCAUACGUUUAGGUCGAGGUCCACUUGGUAUAGUCUAGGGUACUUAGUGGGGGUUGAGCUACUAGUAGUAUUUAUUAGCAACAUAUCACAGCUCGGCAUGUCUAACAACCGUGAGAGUCUAUGGAGAGAUAAGGAUGCUCGAAAUUCUUGGAGAAAAAAGGGCGAAGAUUCUUACAAUCUAGCCUCAAUCAGUGGAGAGCCUUCAAAAAAGGAAAAUCAGCAUGAUGAUCCAACAAACUCCAACUGA